AUGUUUGACCAAGUUAACUUUUUCCCGCUGAGACAGGAUACUGUCCUUAACGUCUCCGACGAAGAAGAGCAUUUUAUCCGAGUGAACACCGAUGGCAAGACAGCAAAAUUUAAGCUGACCAAAAAAGAUUGGGAACUAAUGGAAAUCAAAGAGUACCCAAGCGGGGGUCGUCUGUUGGGUGGUGCCUGGACCACUAUAUUUAGGCGAGGAGUAAAGCAGAGCAAUGAGUGGUGCCACUUACGCCUCACAAAUAAUCAAGUGCGAGCGGAGAACUCUCGCAGAAUGCAUUCCUCGCCGUUCUUCAGAGGAGCUGGGGAGUGCAAGUUUCCAGAGUGCAACGCGAAGGUAAAGUUUGUCAUCCAUAAAGAAAUAGGAAAAUACGUUCACGUGACGUAUGUGGGAAAUGUUUACCACAAAUUCCGUGGGUCGCCUAUGGCAAAGAAAUGAAUUCACACAUGGUGAAAAAAGCACCAAAAAAACUACUGGAACGAGCUAGUUGUUUAGGCCUUCUAGAAAUCAAUGAGUUAGUGGAAUGUUGAUCAAGAGAGUAUCUGCCGCGUGGCCGUCAAAGUGUAACAAAACCAAAACAUCUUUCUUAUUAUUUUUGAACGAUGAUUUUAAGGUUUUAUGGAAAGAGUACAUAAGUCAUGUUAAAAAACAUGAAACUAUCCUUCAAAAUUUUUGGCUUUCUCAGAAGUCUAACUGUUCUAUCUGAUUUUAGCGACAACUAUGAUAGAAGAAUCAUCAUGUUAAGUACGCUGACGACCACAUUAAUUUGUUUAACAGAUUUUCACAAGUAAGAUCUAGCUAGGUAGCAAGUUGCAUGAUGGUGUAACUUUUAAGUCAGUGGGAUGAAACGUUUUUCUGAUAAAAAGAACUGAUAGAAACCUUUUUGAGGUGCAAGACACUGGAUGGAAUGUCCUUCUCGGGAAAUUUCUCAGUGUCACAUAAACAUCUAUGCUCUCUUUAGCCUGAGACGACACACGAAUCUUACUGCUCUUGCCCGUAAAGUAUUUGAUGCCAUGAUCUCCCCUAUUCUAACAUGUACAUGUAAUAGUGAAAUUUGGGGUGUGUAUGCCGAACCAGAUUUUAAGUCCGGGGACGGCUCACAAAUUGGAAAGACACACCUUCAAUUUUGCAAAUGUUACUAAGAAGUAAACAACAAGGCUUCUUACAUAGCUUGUAGAGCUGAACUUGGUCGUUUUCCUUUAAAUAUCACUAUCGAUCAAGAAAUCCUCAACUACAUUUUGUAUAUUCAGUCUAAAGAUGAAGAAUCUUUUGUCAAGCAAUGAUCUUUUUCAAUGUCAUUUUUCACUGCAAUGGUAAAAAUAGCUUUCACUCCUCAUUUGUAGAAGAGGUCAGAAUAUUUUACCAACCUUACUUUAACCCUGGUUUAUUAGAUACCGCGAUAGUAAAAAAAAAAAUUGUAGUUUUAAUAAAACAGCAACGUUCUCAAAAACUAGAAUUUUAUAGAUUUUUUAAAACGAUCAUACCACUUCUAAGGGUCUCCUAAUUACUAAACUUAACAAGAGGAACAGCUGAGAGAAAGGCUUUAGUAAAAUUACGAAUAAGCCGCAAUACCAAACUAAUGCUAGAACUUGGUAGAUACAAUCCAACUACUACAAAUAACAGGCAUUGCCCUCUUUGUGGAUCCAGUUAACUAAAAGACGAAGUUCACUUUCUUUUUCAUUGUUCUAUAUAUUCUAUGAUUACGAAUACUGAAUUUUUACAAGAAAGUCAAGUCUCUGAUAAACGUUAUGAUCAAUGUACUGAUUAACUCCUCUUUAUUCACAUACAAUGCAUUAAAUAUAUUUCAGCUUGCUUUGAUUUUUGUGACAAAUGAUUAAGAAAGUAACUUAAUUUUCCUGUUAUAAAAUCUUAGUUCUUCUUCUUAAAAUAGCUUUUCUAAUAUUAUUUCUACUUGUAUGGUCAUGAAUAUAAAGCUUGUUGUUCUGAUGUUGAUGUUGGAUACCUCUGGAAGCGCUCGUCCUGUCGUAAAACGAUAAAAUUAUCGAAAAUUACUUCCCAAGAUCGAGGCCUAUAUUCCAAGGAGGGGGUGAGUCCCUUGAGGAGGGGUUUGGGAAUGCUAGUCGGAAAAUUGGAAUUAAACCCCUCAAGGAAAUCUGGACGUGACUCGUGAUUUAUCUAACACCUGCUAAAAGAUCCCAUUCUAAAAAGACCGUCAAAUAUGAGCUAUGGUUAUUUCGAGUUAAGAUAAGGACGUUGUAUUUGGAUGUCAUUAUUCCUUUUUUUUAUUAUUAUUAUUUUCUUCCUUUACGCACAAUCCUGAACUCUCUACAUAAGACAAACAUCUGCAAUUUUAUACCCCUAACGUAGGCGGUGAGUAUCCCCACCACUUUUAAAUGGAUAUCCCCGGUCCUCGUGUUUCUUUUUAUCACAUUUUCUUGUGCUUGGAUGAUGAUGAUAUGGAAACAUUCCUCCUAAAGGAUAAUUUUUUUGGAUUUGAAUUGUUUUUUGUUUUUGUUGUUGUUGUUGUUUUUUUUAAUCUUUUUUCAACUAGAUGUGAUUUUUUAUGCUCCUGAAUAAGUAGUAUGUAGCUAGCGUAUUGACAAUUGGUCAUGCAGUUCAUCAUUAAUUUGUAGCCAUAUGGUGAAAACGUUGAAGCUUCUCUCAAUUCUGCUGUUUUAACAAGCCAUUAUUAUCAUUAUCAUAAUUAUGGUCUUAAUUUAUUCAGAUUGAAAAUCGAAUAGAUGGUAGUCUUUGCCGGGUUUGCUAUGUAAUAGAGCGGUCACUAAGUUAGCGUGGGAGUGUUUUGUUACCUACCUUGCAAAGACAACGAGCAGAUAGAGAUCUGGCACGAGUUGUUCGAAAGUCGAGUAGAUCAAAUCCAUGGUAUAGAAACUCAUAUGCUAUACAAUACAGUACAUUUUAUUAAUUCUCUCAAUAGGGUUUUUAGGGAAUCAAUUUCCAUGUACAAGAAAAAUAGAAAAAAUAUCAAGAUGUGUAGAAAACUAAUGAUGUAAUAGUGUUUGCAAUUUUACAAAAUGAUAUUAUAAAACAAAGCGCUGUAUGGACUAUCAAAACUAAGCGCAACUGAUUUCAACUCUAGCUUUCUUCUUAAACCAUUGAAUAGAUUUAGAGCUUCUUGUAUGACCAGUAAUGCUAUUCCAUGAUGCUACUGCCCUGUCGAAAAACGAGCGCUGAGCAAUUUCUGUGCGACAUUUGGGAAGGCUAAGUUGAUCAGGAUUUCUAGUGUUGUACUCGUACGUUUUUGAGCGCUCUGUAUGAUUUGAACUUAAACAGCGAGGCGUCAGACCAUUCAGACAUUNAGAUUUAGAGCUUCUUGUAUGACCAGUAAUGCUAUUCCAUGAUGCUACUGCCCUGUCGAAAAACGAGCGCUGAGCAAUUUCUGUGCGACAUUUGGGAAGGCUAAGUUGAUCAGGAUUUCUAGUGUUGUACUCGUACGUUUUUGAGCGCUCUGUAUGAUUUGAACUUAAACAGCGAGGCGUCAGACCAUUCAGACAUUUAUAAUAAAUCAUGGUAGUGUCGCGCAAGCGCAGCGGUUCUUUUACAGUAAACCAGCCCAGUUCGUGCAGUAUUUGGGAAAUAUGAUCGUACUUUCUGGUGUCGGUUAAUAUACGCGCGCAAAAUUUUGUAUCAGUUGUAACUUCUUAAUACUUUGUUUGAAUGUACCGGACCAUACGGUUGAACAGUAAAAUAAUUUACUAAAUAUAAGAUAGUUUAGGAUUAUGUUUAGAACAUCUUUGGUAAACAGAUGUCUAACCCUACUUAUCUGACACAAACUAGAAAGUACAGAGGACGGUAAGGUCGAAAUGUGCUCAGUGACAGUCACGUUUGAGUCUAGAAUAAUACCUAGAUCUUUGGCUGAUUUGCGCAACACCAUCCCGCAACAAGUUCGAGAUCCUGGGAAAUCUGAUGCAAACAUGAGUGGAUAUCCUGUGCAGAACUUGACAGAUAUAUUUUCGGGUCAUUCACGUACGAUUCAAUAUUACUAAAUUUGGUUACUCCAGGAAGAUCGUUCAUAUAUAAGCUAAAAAACAUCGGUCCCAGGAUAGAGCCUUGAGGUACCCUACGAAUUACCGUAAGGGGCUCCGACAAAGAAGUUCCCACUCGGAUGCAUUGUUCUCUAUUCGUGAGAUAACUAUGGAACCUUUGUAAAGCUUUGUUCAAGGUGCAAAGUUGGUAUAGUUUGCAAGUAAGGUCUAAUGACAUAGACUAUCGAUGGCCUUACUUAAGUCAAUCAGUACCAUAGCUUUGAUUAUUUGCUUGUUGCCCAUGGCCCUGAAAAUAAGGUCGGUCACAACCAGGCUCAAGGCUUCAGUUGAGUGCAGCUUACGAUUUCCACUCUGAUGGCUAGUGAGGCGAUUUUUCUGUACCAAGUGGUUGUUCAAUUGACACAUAGCAAUUCUGUCCUGUACUUUGGAAAGAAUUGGUAGUAGGUGUAAGUUAACUAAGGACUAACGUUAACCGGGCUUCAAGCAACUCUGACCUGGCUUGAAUUCGCUAUCUCGCCCGAAUAACAAGUUCCAAUCUAAUUCGAUCAUCUCCAAGGGGCCGUUCAUUAUUUAUGGGAGGGGGAAAGGGAGAUAAAAUGAGGGGAUCUGAAAAUUUAGCUAGUACAAAAAGGGGAAUUUCCGAGGGUAAUUUUUUGCCUCUGAUCAUGGAAUGACUGUCAUGAAAUUUUAUACAGAUAAUUUCUUUAAAAAAAUAUAAACAUAACUACAUUAAACGUUUCAUAGAGGGGACCACAGAUUUCGUAGCAAGAAGCCUUUUGGGUCUUCAUAUGUCUUCACAGUAUUUUGGAACAGUCAUGGAGUAUAUAUAACUUAUGGUGUAAUUUUCAUUUCUUUGUUUAAGCAUAUUUUAAUAUGUUUAAAAACUGGAUUGCAACAAAGUUAGUAGCUAUAGUUCUUAGUUUUGCCAUGCGUUUUAUACAUGUCCUGGCCCCCAGCUGGCCCAUGAUAUUCGGAGAAACCCUAAUACCUACAAUAAUAUGUCACUGAUUGAUUGAUUGAUUGAUUGAUUGAUUGAUUGAUUGAUUGCACUGGUGGAGAGAAAACCACACAAGAGUCACAUUCCAAACAUAAACGCCAUAACUUGAGAUAUCUAUUACAAUAAAAGGUCUUCAUAUUAGCCCCUAGUUGAUAUUCCAUGAUGGAAAUUUAAGAAAGUCAUUCUAAGAUUUUUUUUCCAUUUCCUGUUCAAUAGUUUAUUUCUCCACCACCACAUCAUCAUCAACAUCAUCAUCACCAUAAUCAUCGCCGUCAUCAUCAUAGCAUAAGCAGGAGAUUCUUCUCCAACACGCUAACUACUACAUCAUUGCCCCCUAACGAAAAUACUGUAUGGAUAUGUUGUGGUUAAAUUAUAUCCUUAGUUUGAAUUUUACUUGCCCCUGUUUCAAAGUUAUUAUCACACAUUUCCAUUCCCGAAAACAACGGCAUAUAAAUCGUACCACAACAAAGCCACAACAGAUACGUACAAUACAACUAUAUUUGGGACAGGGGUAUUUUAAAAGUGUUUAAUGGGACUACAGUACGCUUGAUUACAACUCAUGUUUCAAUAAACGAAAGAAUAUUAAUAUUAGCUUUCCAUUCCUAUUUAAGAUUUAGCCAAAACAAAGUUAAACUUCAUUGAAAGGAAAACUUAAUAAGCGCUCCCCUCGAUUAAGCGGCCUCCUUUCAAUAAGCCCCCAUCCUUUAAGCGGUAACUUUAAUUAGGCACCCGGGUGCUUAAUGAGGAAAUAAGGUUUUAAGAAAAUAAAACACCAUGAUUGUGUAUUAAGGACAUCAUUCUCGCGAGUUGCCUGCCUGUUUAAAGGGCUAUGUAACGGCUGUAUAGUUCAUUUUUUCAAUAUUGCCAAUUACGAGGGUCCCCAAUAGGUUUUUCGGGAUCCGGGAUUUCCCUUAUUUGAAGCUCGGAAUUCGGGAUAUUGAAGCAAAAUCGGGGCGAGAUUCGGGAUUGAAGGUAUGCGCGCGAGUUAUAAUGCCCGAAAUAACCCUCAGGAUUACGGGAUCGGACGAAAUCUUGGGUCGGGAUUACGGGAUUGAGGAACCCUAUUGGGGACCCUAAAUUACGUGCCCUUAUACGCUAUGGAACUCAAGAAACUACUUUGGCGUCUUGUGAAUAACAAAAUCACAGCUUCUUGUCAAAAUCGAAAACGAAGUUUGGAAAAAUGUUUAUGCUAAUAAGUUUCCAAAAGCUGCAAUUCCAAUCCUUUUUAUCUUUUCAAAGAUUGUCCAUCCGUGUCUUCUUCUGCAUUUUAUAUGCAAUCAAUAUCCUCUUCUUUUGUUUUGAGAAGUUGUUUUCAUUUAUACUUCAAACUGGCGGCAGUUCCCAAUGCUUGAAUUUUAAUAAACUUCAUAACGCAGCUGCUUUAGCACACAUAGGCCCCUUUUGGGGAUUUAAUCUCCAACGAGUAUUCCCGUACCCUACAUACGGAAGUCACUUCCCCCCUGGAGCUAGGGUUAGCUCGCAAACAGGAUAUUAUUAUGAAACAAACGCCAAUUUGACAGAACCCAGACGGAGUUUGAUAAACAAUCUUGAAAUAUGCGAUUUUGCUGAGUCUCGUUCCCUUGCACGAGGACCUGUCAUUCGAACCCGUGUUAAAAGAUUGGUCCUUCAACAAAGGCCUUAUUUACCCAAGCAAGCUCUACGUCAGCAGACCUUCCCAGCAUUGAUCACAGGUUAGAAUUAGAUUAUGAUUAAUGGAAGCCCUAUACUUAUAUGUCCGCAAAUUCAUCAUAUUCGCUAGAUUACUAUUACAAAAGUACGAUUAGAACUAUGGUAAAACAGAGAGAAAAACACGGACACAUUACGCACCUUGCAAAAAGGCCAUCAGCUAAAAGAUGCCAAGCCAACGAAAGGUGGUUACGUAUACAGAUACGUUUAGUUCAUCUCUUUAUCGCUAAAGUCUAGAUAUUCCUGCGCAACAGCAAAAAGAAUUGAAAUGAUGCACUUCCUUUCAUUUCCCGCUUUUUCCUUUUCCUCUCUACGUUUGUUUAAGAUACGUUUAGUUCAUCUCUUUAUCGCUAAAGUCUAGAUAUUCCUGCGCAACAGCAAAAAGAAUUGAAAUGAUGCACUUCCUUUCAUUUCCCGCUUUUUCCUUUUCCUCUCUACGUUUGUUUACCUAAUUGCUUUUCUUGCUGGAAUUUUACGGUAUGUUUCUUGCACAAAUUGUUAAACACAAACACAGAUCUUCGCGUAAAACGACGCGUUUUUCUGCUGUUACAAAAAGCAAAGCAGUACGAGCAAAGAACAAGGGCCACAUGGAGACAACAGAUUCAAUUCAGUCAUGAAUCAUGGCCUACACAAAGUAAAAUGUUGAUAUUCCCAAACGGUUUUAAGUGCUUCGAAAAUUACUAUCAUUACACCCUGUUUUCCAUCUAAUGUUUGCCGAGCUGCCAUUACAUGGUAGAAAGACUGAAAGGUCUAGAAUUAUCCAAGUAUUCCAACAAUAACCGAUUAUUUUCCUUUAUAGCCAGGUUUCUAGUUACCUUACUUUUUAUAAAAAUUAAGAUUGAUCUUAGUAUGAAUACUUGUAUGUUUGAGGUUAUUACAGAUAGAAAUGUGAACGGAGAUGUCAGUGCAUCCAGUAGCUUACCAUAUGCUGUAUGCUCCGAGCAAACAACACGUUCGCCUGGUUUUAAGUUGUGGACAGGAAAAUCAGUCAACAGAUGA